AUGGCGUACCCCCUGGAUCAGGCUAUUGGCCUCUCUGUGGCCAUCUUCCACAAGUACUUGGGCAGGGAAGGCGACAAGAACACCCUGAGCAAGAAGGAGUUGAAGUUGCUGAUCCAGAAAGAGUUCACCAUUGGCCCAAAGGUGCAGGAUACUGAAAUUGCAAAGCUCAUGGACGACCUGGACUGGAACAAGAACCAGGUGGUGAACUUCCAGGAUUAUGUCACCCUGAUUUUCAUCUACAAUGAUGCCCUUAAGGGCUGA